AUGGUGACUACGUUGCCGACUCCGCUGCUGGCGGUGUCGCUGCUCUUCCGCUCCAAGCCACGUUUUGCCGGGAUCGACCAUGUAAUCAGCUCCGUGUCGGCCUACGCUGACUCAUCCGUCGAGCUGCCUCUCAAUAAGGCGUGCAAAUACGGGUCCGUGACGCUGCUGAACCGCAUCUGGAACAGUACCGUCGACUUGGAACCCGGAGGGUGGGGACUCUGGUCCGUCAGGAAGUUGCUGCGGGCGUAUAAGCUAUAUGGCAAACUGCAGUUCACGUUGUGUCUUUUAGAAGCAGUAAAAACCAACAACGUGGAUAUCGUUCAGUGGCUGUUCCAUCAUUUUCCAGACUACGGAGUGAGGCGGAAAGUAAUUUACGAUGCAGCAUCAGCAGGAGCGUUAGAAAUUUUGCAAUAUUUCCGAGCUAAUGGAACCGUAAUAAGGAACGAAGAGGAGGAGCAGGAAGAGGAUGAAGAAUGGGACGAAGAAAAGGAAAACUGGGAGAGAGGUCGUUGGGUUCGUUGGGGAGGACUCGAUGCAGCCAAAGCUGCAAUCGCCGGACAUUCUGACGUCGUUAAGUGGAUGUACGAGACUUAUGCACAGACCUGUGAAAACAGAAACGACUUCUGCGCCAUGGAUGGGGCUUUUAUUGCAGGAGACAUGGAUCUGGCAAACUGGUUGAUGGAUGAGCUUUGCAUGGAUCCCGAAGGACACGAAGCACUACAUGGUGCAGCCGCUAAUGGACACGUCGAGCCGCUGCAGUGGUUUCAAGAACGUGGAGAAUACACGUCGUGGGAUGCUGGGACGCUGUUUAAAGCAGCGGAAGCAGGGAAAUUGAACGUGGUUCGAUGGAUUGUCGACCGUGAUCGAAAUGAUAGUGAGCUUGGAGACCAAAGUGGCCCAGAUGAAUACAAUUUUGACUACAGUUAUGGAGAUAGAACGCGUCGGACGUAUCUCACUUGCCUUGGAGGAGAAGCAACGCUGGCUAUACAUGCUGCUGCGAUUAAUGGACACUUGGAAGUUGCUAAAUAUUUGCGUGCUCACACUGACAAACCACGCAAUGACCGAGAGAAAACAAAAGAGAAAUGGAGACUGAGCAAAAGAAAGAAAGCUUUAUCCGAGCGAUUGAAAGGGAAUUCCAGUGUCGAAACCGUUUCUGGAAGAACUAUGUUGUUUGCUGCAGAGCGAGGAUUCCUGGAUGUGAUCAAGUGGCUGUACGUCGAAUAUCACGCGGAUCCAAAAAUUAAUCUCUUCUGGGUCUGUGGACACAUCGAUGAGUACGGGUACAGUGAAAAUGACAAUGAUUGCGGUGAUAGUGAGUCCUACUGCAGCGUGGUGGACGCAGCAGCAGGUAAAGGCCAUUUGGAGAUCGUUCAAUAUUUGCUUCACAUCGGACAAGAGGAGGAAGAUACUCGAAAACACAAGCGACAACGCAUUCAAGAGAACCCAGACACUGUCACUCGUGACUCCUUGAGUCCACCAACCAAGCCAAAGUGCACCGCAGUAGCGAUGGACGUCGCAGCGGCUCAUGGUCACUUAGAUGUUGUUCAAUGGCUUCAUGCGAAUCGUUCGGAGGGUUGUACAACUGCUGCAAUGGAUCUCGCAGCGACAAAUGGGCAUCUGGACACUGUUGAGUGGCUACACGCUCACCGGUCAGAAAGAUGUACUGUCGAAGCGAUGGAUGGUGCUGCGAGUGGCGGCCACCUGGAUGUUGUGAAGUGGUUGCACAAGUACAGGACCGAGGGCUGCACAACUGCAGCUAUGGACAAUGCAGCGAGUGGUGGACAUUUCGAAGUCGUUAAGUGGCUGCACGAUAAACAUGCGGGCUGUACAGCUGCCGCGUUGGACGGUGCCGCCGCCUAUGGCAAGUUGGAAAUUGUAAAAUGGCUACAUAGAAAUCGAUCCGAGGGAUGCACAAAGUUGGCAAUGGACGGCGCUGCUCAUGGAGGCCAUUUGCGAGUACUUCGGUGGCUGCUUGAGAACCGGAAAGAAGGAUUCACUGAAAGAGCAUUAGAUAAUGCGGCGCGGUACUCGCAGUUCGAAACUCUGUUGAUUUUGCACAACAUUGCGCAGCAAGGUUACGUAAAGCAGGUUGACAUCAUGGAUGAAGAAGAGUCCAAUAAAUGGAUCUCCGAGCAUUACCACGACAUCGCACGGGCAGAAUUCUAUUCCGGCAAUGGCGUUGGAUGGUAG